UUGCGUUCAACAUGUUUAACGGGUUAAAAGUCAUACUCGGGUGGCGUCGACAUCGAGUACGCCGACGUCGGGCCUGAGGAGCAGCAGCGGAGCUUGCUGCAGAGUGAGCUCACGCCCUGCGCAAACGGCGAGUCCGGCGCGCGGCGCACAAUGACCAGUACCGCGACGAGAGUCACGACCAGCGCAACAGCGAUCGAGGCGCCGACAACGGCGCCCGAGCUCGUGUUCUUCGACUUGCUACCGCCAACAGGCUGGGUCGCGCCACCCGUCGACGAGCCCGAGCCCGACGCAGAGGUCGAACCCGAGCCCGAGCCGGAGGUGGUGGUGCCCGAGCCAGAGCCAGAGCCCGAACCACCGGUUGUUGCUGACGGGAGAUCAAAGUCGAGAGCAAGAGGAAGCGCGGCGAGCGAGCGAGCCAUUGCAGUCAGCUCCUUGGCCGGCACAUUGUGGUUGGAUGAGAGGUGGCGCUUGGACUUGACGACGGCGAGGGCGGUGUCGUACGCAGAGUACGCCCCGGUGAGGGUCAGGUAGAGAGCGGCGACAGUGACGGAGCGCGACUGGCCCGAGUGGCAGUGGACGAGCACGUUCUGGACGGGCUGGGGAUACUUUGCAGCAUCAUCCGACUUGAGGCCGACCCGCGGCUGCAUGUAGGUGUGGAGGGCGAGGAUGGCGGCAGCCAUGGCCUGUGGCGGGUUGCCCGGGCCGUCGACGAGGCCGACCUUCUCGUACUGAAUCUGGUUGAGGUGCUCGUCGUCGUCAUCCACAUUGCCCGUAUAGUCCUCCAGCCGAUACCGGAUGUCCAGAUCCCAGGCCACAUUGAGCACAGCAGUGAUGCUAUUCGCACGGAGUUGCUGCGUAUCGCCUGCCGAGUGCUGGUUGCCCACCCACAGGCCCGGUGCCACCUUGUCCAUGGACCCGUCCACACAGCUCCCGCACGCAAAGACAAAGCCCACCACAGCAGCAAGCACCACAACACGAUGACGGAUGCCCAUGCUGUUAUCGAGAGUGAGGUGUGCCUACGGCUGCGGUGGAGACAGAGGCUCGGGCCGUGUGUGGCAACCCCCC